AUGGCCUGCAUCGGUGCUGAGAGUGCCUGCAUGGACGUCGACGCUCUGUUCGCGAGCUGCUGGGAGCAAAACGACUCCCUAUCUCGCUUCGUCUGCAGCAUGAUAGCAGCUCCACGCCUGGCCGUCUCCAGUUGGAUCAGGCCGUGCGAGCAAGCAGCAGUGGAGGUGCAGUCGGUUCCCGCUCUCCCUGUUGUCACUCUUCUGGAAGAGGCUGCGGCGUCAACAGAUGCAGAACUGGAAGCCGUGACUGUGGAUGCUUCAACCGUGACUGCUGUCGUUUUGACUGAAGUUGAGGAAGCUGAGGAGGCAGAGGAGGCUGAGAAAGCAGAGGGACCGAAGGAGCUGAAGAAGAAAGCCACUUCGUUCCUGGAGCUGCUUGCUCAAGAAGACUUGAUUCCGUCACGUACCUCCUCAGUUGACUCAGUUGCUGAGAUUACUGCCUCCUCAGCCAAGGUCGCGGCCUGGUUGGGUGUGAAAACCGGAUCCGAGGCGCAGCAGGGUGGGAAGGUGGAAGCAGAGGCGAGCAGCGGGUGGUGCAGCUUGAUUCGCAGUGAGAGUAGCUGCAGCAGCCGCAGUGCGUGUCUCAUCCACCUCUCCUCGGACACCUCCUCCUCCUCUGCUGAUAGCCUUCGCAACAGCCCCACUUGCCUGUCAGCAGGUGUGAAGAGGGGGAUUGGCCGAGGCGUUUCCGGUAUUGGGAAGGAAUGCUCUCUGUCUGCUGCUAAACAUUUUGGUUUGAAGCCCACUAGCUUCACCGAGCUCCUGGCAGCUGAGAAAAACUCAGUGAAGAGUGGGAUCAGUAAGGGCGUUUUCUGCAGUGGGAAGGACGGGAGCAUGGAGGUGAAGGGGUGUGGGAAGGCGGAGGAGGGACGGAUUGUCUCAAACCAGUUGUAUGGGUGUGAUGGUGGGGAGGAAGAGGAGGAGGAGGAAGAGGAUGGCAGCAGCAAGCAAGGUUUCAGGACCCUUACGACUGGAACAAUGUGCUACAUGAAUCAGCUGUAUAUGGAUGAGGAAGAGGAGGAGGAGAGGGAGGAGCUUGCAGCAUCAGGAAUCUCCCUCGGCAUCGGCAGGUUUGGAGCCAGGCGAAGGAUAACUGGCUCUAGCAGCCGAGUUACUCUCCGGAGAAUGAGCAGUGUGCUGAGACAAUAUUAG